AUCACUGGAGCAUCACCUCAGUGCUGACAUGGAAAUACUAAGAGACAUGGAGCCAGAGCAAAAAGAGACCAAGAAUGACACACUGGCAGAGACAAACGGUGCUGUUAAGGAUGCAGAGUUGGCAAAAGCCAUCAUGGAGAGGCACUUCCGGCCAUCUCUCAUCACCACAGAGGCCUGGGAGGGCUACAACUUUGCUGGCCUGGAAAUCCGCAUCAAAGAGUCCACAGAUCUCUAUGGUGCCAUGCUCUGGCCUUCAGCCAUAGUGUUAUGUCAUUUUCUGGAUUGUCAUCGUGAAACGUACGACCUGAUGGACAAGAAUAUCAUUGAAUUAGGGGCUGGGACAGGUCUCGUCACCGUGGUAACCAGUCUCUUAGGAGCACAGGUGACUUCCACUGACCUGCCAGACAUCUUGGGGAACCUUCAGUACAACGUCAACCGCAACACCAGAGGGCGAUGUCGCCACCCACCACAUGUGACGGAGUUGACGUGGGGCAAGGACAUAGAAAAGCGAUUCCCCCGCGCCUCCUGUAAUUUCGACUACAUCAUGGCAGCUGACGUAGUCUACGCACACCCAUUCCUGAACGAACUGAUGGAGACGUUUGACCACCUGUGUCAGGACCACACGGUGAUCUUGUGGGCUAUGCGCUUCCGACUGGACCCGGAGAAUAGCUUUGUAGGCCGCUUUCAGAAGCUCUUCGACAUCGAGGAGCUCUACGACCUGCCCAGCCUCCAGAUCAAGCUCUACCGUGCCACCAGAAGAUUCCCUUGGUCACCCAGAGCCAAAGACACAACCUGAUCAACACACACACACACACACACACCUACAGUAAUACACAGUAGUCACAAAGACUCAGUAGCCACGACAUGAACUUCAAACUUGUCCUGGUGAAUGUGUGUAUCUGUCACU